AUAUUUGGGUCACGUUUUAAAUUAGCGCCCCUCCAAAUACUCUUCAUAUUAGGCGGACAUCUCCACCUUUAAACAUAUACUGAUACUGAACUUGAACCUUCAAUAUCUGCUAAUGGAUCUCAAUAAUCUCUUCAUUUCUCUCACUCCAUCAUGGACUUCGGUGUCUAUGUUGAUCGGAUUUUUUCUCUAUUUAGCUACCGUUGGAUCUAUUCUACCAGGAAAACUUGUUCCUGGGGCGACUUUGUCUGAUGGAACUCGACUCCAUUAUCGUUGCAAUGGUUUAUUAUCCCUUCUGUUGUUGGUUUUGCUUCUUGGAGUUGGGUCGCAGAUGAAUCUUGUUUCACCUACUGCUAUAGCAGAUAGAGGACUUGAGCUUUUGUCCACAACACUUAUCUUUAGUGUUCUUGUGACAUUGAUGCUUUAUUUGGUUGGCCUGAACUCACGUGCAAAGAGUUCAUCACUGAAACCUCAUGUCUCAGGAAAUCUAAUCCAUGACUGGUGGUUUGGGAUACAACUGAAUCCUGAAUUCAUGGGCAUUGAUCUCAAAUUUUUCUUUGUUAGAGCUGGUAUGAUGGGAUGGUUACUUAUCAAUCUUUCAGUUCUUGCAAAAUGUGUUAUAGAGGCUAAAUUGAGCCAAUCAAUGAUUCUCUACCAGCUAUUUUGUGGGCUCUACAUCCUUGACUACUUCUUCUAUGAAGAGUUCAUGACCUCCACAUGGGAUAUAAUAGCAGAGAGGUUGGGCUACAUGCUGGUUUUUGGUGAUCUAGUCUUUAUACCGUUCACCUUCAGUAUUCAGGGUUGGUGGCUUUUGAGUAACGAAGUGGAGCUAACAACAGCAGCAAUAAUUGCCAAUUGCCUCGUCUUUCUUAUUGGGUAUUCGGUGUUCAGAGGAGCCAAUAAGCAGAAGCAUGUAUUUAAAAAGGAUCCCAAGGCACCCAUAUGGGGUAGUCCUCCAAAAGUUAUUGGGGGGAAGUUACUUGCUUCUGGCUAUUGGGGCAUUGCACGGCACUGUAAUUACCUCGGGGACUUGUUGCUGGCAUCAUCUUUUAGUUUACCUUGUGGUAUAAGCUCUGUGGUUCCAUACUUUUACCCCAUAUAUCUUCUCAUUCUACUCAUAUGGAGGGAGAGAAGGGACGAAGCUAGAUGUGCAGAGAAGUACAAAGAUGUGUGGGCUGAAUACCGUAAACUUGUUCCUUACAGGAUCUUACCUUACGUUUACUAGCUCAAUCGUUUGUCCACGUUGCUUGUGCAUUAGAGUCAGAAUUAGCCUCACUGUACCGUCUACCCAAGCAUGAGAAGGGACGAGCUCAUGAAUGAAUAUUACAUCAAAUUCGAGCUUUUGCCCUAUCUAUGCAGCUUUCUCAUCUCCUCUACGGAAGUAAUCUUUUAAUCUAUUUCAGUUAGGAUCAACACUGUAUCAGGUUGUAACUGAUUGCUUAGCUUUUGAAAGUUUUUCCAGAACCAACUUGUACACUAGAUGUACUUUAUCAUGGCAGGAUUGAAAUGUGCUGCUUGUAUUGAAUGCCAACUAUGGAAUUAUUUUUCAUGGUUUGUAAUCUUGGAGCAGCUUAUUAAUGUGUCCUGAAAUUUUCGAAUGAUUUUCCGGA